GUGUUUUGUUUUUUAAUUUUUUUGUUUUUGUUUGGUGGCUGUUGUCAUUUUUGGUUGAUGACGUUAAGCUACAUUAAUAUACUAUAGUAUGUGUAUUCCUAAUGUGAAAAGUGGAAAUUAGGAACUGAAAAGCGUUCCAAUAAAAAGGAAACAAACGAGUGAGGGCGCAGGCCCGUUAUAUUGAUGAUGAAAUACCCUUGCUCCUUAAGCAAGACGACCAAAAAUCACUAAAAACAAAACAAAAAUAAAUAAAUCAAACGAAAAUCUAAAUUGCGACUCAAAUUGAAAUUUGGGAGAAUUCAAAAGCCAAGUGAAAACAAAUUUCUAUCAAUUCCUGCCUCUAAGUAACACACAUUCUAGUCCAUCGCCACUCCUUCGUAACAAAAUGGUCGAAUCGCGAAAGAUUGUCCUUCUUGUGGGGCUGAUAGUUCAAGCAAUAGCCGCCGGUAACAGCUUUUCGCCAAACAGUAAUUAUGAGGACGGAGGAACAAAACCAAUUGACAUUUGCAAUUAUUGCAACUGUUCAGGAAUGAUCAUGAUCUGUGAUUAUAGAUAUAAUCGAACGCUAACGAUAAUUUGGGAUAGCACCUACUUUGUGCCAUCGAGUGUGACAAGUAUAGAAGUGCGGCUCGCUGAGGACACAAAUCUGGAAUUGGGAAAGAAUUUUUUCAACAAAAAUAUUGUCAAUCGCUUAAAAGUGACGGGGAUAGUCGGAAAAAAUGCCCAAUUGGAGAUAAAACAAGGCGCAUUUCUUGGUAAUCAGGCCGGCUAUCCGGACAUCAGAAUAGAGAAUGUUAGCUGGGUUUUUGUGCGCUCCAAAGCAUUCUCCAGGACCGAGAUUAAAUUUCAAGUGGAGCACAGCCAGAAUGUGCGUAUUGAGAACAGCGCUUUCGAUAAAAUAAACAUGACCGCCACCUUUAAGCACAUCAACAACUUGGAAAUAUCUCCGAAGGCCUUCACUCCAGGCAAAGGACAUGCACGGCUCCGAAUUGAAAAUGCAAACAUAGGGGAUAUUUAUUUCGAAACAUCAUUGCAAGAAAUGCGCUUUGUCAAGUGCAAUAUUGGGACAAUCAAGCGGGAAGCUUUCAACGUUCUCUCCAUCUCCAUCUCUCAGUUGAUAUUGGAGCAUUGCCAUAUAAAUACGAUCGAAUCACGCGCCUUCACCGAUAAACUUCACAGCGACCAUGUGUCUAUCGCAGACGGCACAAUUGGUAUAAUAGACAGUGAGGCCAUUAUGAGCAGCGGCAUCACCAAUCUGACGUUCAAAAACAACACUAUCGACGUCAUCAAAUCCCAGGCAAUCGUCGUGUACAGCAUCUAUGUAAAUAUUUAUGGCAACCGUAUCAGAGACCUCAACAGGAACUGGCUAGAGUUAAAGGAAAAUCCCCAGAAUUUAACCGAGGAUCGCAGUCACAGCACCGACAUGUCUUUGCCCUGCACCUUCACCCACAAUCAACUGAAAAAUCCUCACCCAGGGAGUCUCAACUUAACCAGAUGCAGGGUGCAUCACGUGAUUGUGGAACGCGACUGCGAUUGUAAAAACGAAUGGCUGGCCAAGCUGAGCGACAAAGACUUUCGCUCCGAGGUAUAUUGCCGAAGUAAUUCCCUGCAAUCGUGCUUCAACGAAACUUGGAUCCAUACCCAUCGGUAUACUAUCGAAGCGUGCGAUACAAAUAGUCAGACGCUGCGCUGUUCCGAUAACAGUACCUGGACGAAGCACGAGGGGCAAUAUUAUUCCCCGAAACAAUGGCAGGAGAAGAUAGAAUACUCCGAAUGGGCACGAAUUUCCUUUUAUGUGGGAAUUCUCUUAAUUCUAAUUAUUAUUGCUGGUUUAUUUAUUUAUAUUUUGUGUAAGUGCUGCGCUAGAAAAAAAGGCAUUCCAAACAACAUCUGCCCAACAUUCUCCGAGAUCGAUAUACAAUUGAUAAAUGAAGGAUUACAAAAUAUGAGGCGGCAGCGCCAAAUGACGAGUAAUCUUGAAAGACAAUUUAGGAUGCUUUUGCGCGGCAAUUUAACGACGAUGGAUUGUGAACAGCUAAUAACAGAUAUAUUAGCCCAGCGAAUAGAUCAGAUGAUCAUUGCUGUGCUGUCAGAUCAUAUGAUGCACCAUCAUCCUGGAAAUACCGCUACUGCUCCUAUUGAGAGCUUUUCACCCAGCUCUGACAAUAGCAUGGUUGGUAAUUACAAUGAUGGUGGGCUCUACUCUAGUACCGAUGUGGGCCAUAAUACAAGUGAGCCCGUCGCCCAACAGGAUCCCUUUGAAGAACACAUCUAUACAGAACCACUGUUGACUGAUUACUCAGAUCCCGCCGAUCCUGCCAGCCAGGCCAACUAUGUUUAUACGGAUCCGUACAUUCCUAGACAAGAUCCUCAAGACAUGCCACCGGCAUAUGAGCCUAAUUACGCCCAGCCGGUGCUUCAGCCGCGAUCCGAGCCGCCAUCCACAAGAGCUUUGCCACCCAUUGUGUAUCAGCUGCCCGAUGUGCUCAAUCGUUGCUAUGCCAUACCCAAUAAACAAGUAGGGGGACGCACAGGCUUAGCGACAGGAUCAACAGCAUCAACAUCAGCAUCAGAACCAGCCCCAGCCCCAGCCCCAGCCCCACCCCCACCAUCAGCAACAACAGCAACAUACGCACAAAGGAGUGUGCGUGACUUGCGAGAAAAUCUCGAGGCUACGCAUAAAUUCCAUCCAGAUCAAAUGAGAUCCGAGUGCAACCAGCUGCACACUCGCUAUCCCUUACAAAGACUGCCCUACAAUAAUAAUAGCAAUAAUAAUAAUAACAACAACAACAGCAGUAGUAGUAGUAGUAGUAGUAAAGCAAACAUCCACAAGCGCAGAAAUAUUAGCAACAGCAAUAGCUUCGCGUGCCUGGAUGGGGCGGCUAGUCUGGCGGCCAUGGAGCAUAUGGAUAUGCGGGAUGCAGUGGCGAAAGCGAAUGCUGAUGCUACUGAUGCGGCUAGUGCGACUGCUAUUGGAAAUGUAACUGCGUCCGACUCGGGCUCAGAUCAUUCGGGAGGUAGCGAUGAGACUGUUAAAAUCGAUGAUAUAAUUCCAUAUGUCGAUGCCUAAAAGUAUACAAUGCAUUUACGGCCAGCGUGAUCUAGUAUAUUAAAUUAUACAAUAAAACUCAGACAAGCCUACAUACCAUACACGUACACGUACACACUUGUAUGUGUGUGUUUGUAGAAAAAGUCCAUGUAAAAAAUCUUGUACCAUAAAUACACCAUGUACGCUUAAAUGGCCUAGUUAUACAUACAUACAUACAUACUAUUAUCGUUUGUAAUCAAAUAUAGUUUAGAAUAAACGCCUGAAAAGAG